AUGCCCGUCCCCCUCGGCCCCCAUGACCUGGGCACCCUCCCGGCCAUCGGCUCCUCGUCGUCCCUCCCGGAGAAGGGAGACCGAAUCCAUGCUUUUUGGGAGCGUCAAGUGCAUGCAACGGUCAUGCUGCUAGUCGCAAAGGGCCACAUGAAGAUCGACGAGGUGCGUCGUGGCCAGGAGUACUUGGAGCCACAGGUGUACCAGACUGCCUCGUACUACGAGAAGUGGGCCCUCUCUGUGGCCAACGCCAUGCUGGAGCACCAGGUGCUCAGUAAUCAGGAGCUUUCGGCUGCUUUGGGCCCUGAGACCGAGGAUGAGGUGCAGAGGUUUUUUCCUGGCGAUGUCGUGCGAGUUCGCGACGCGUCCCACACAACUCGAUGGCGCCGUCCACACCUGCGAACCCCGGGCUUCAUCCACGGUGUAUGCGGUACCAUAGAGCGCCAUGUGGGGAACUUCGAGAAUCCAGAGCAGCUCGCAUUUGGAGGCAAGAGCUGGUCAACUAUUCCGCUUUACAUUGUCCGCUUCGAUGCCAGCAGCAUCCAGGACUUUGAUUCCGGCGAGCGGGGGAUGGACCAGGUGACGGUGGACAUCUACCAGAGUUGGCUCGCCCCUGCGGACGCUGCUGCGCUGGAGGGUCAGCGCAAGAAGCGCCCUGCCGACUUGGCUGCCGAGCAGCCACAGAGCCAUCCAGACUGCAAGCGUGCACGGACUGAUGAGCACACAGCACACCAGGACCAUGUGCACGACCAUGUCCACGAGGAGCGGCACACCGUCGAGCAGCGAGCUGUGGACGCCGAGGCUGCCUGCCCCGCCAUCGCGCGAGCUUUGGUCUCUGCGCUUCUCACGAAAGGUGUCAUCGGGGCGGAGGAGUUGCGAGCUGGCAUCGAGAAGGUGGAUGCAGGAGACCGAAACCGCGGAGCCGUCGGUCGAAGGGUCGUGGCGCGGGCUUGGGCGGAUGAGAAGUUCAAGUCGCGGCUGCUUUCGGAUGCCAACAGCGCCUGCUCUGAGCUGGGCAUCACUGCGACGAACCCGACAGCCCCAACGAAGCUGGUGGUUUUCGAGCAGAAGCCUCAGGAGCAUCACUUGAUCGUCUGCACGCUCUGUAGCUGCUAUCCGCUGACGUUGCUGGGUCUCUCGCCGGAUUGGUACAAGUCACGGGAAUACCGCUCGCGCGCUGUGCGCGAGCCUCGCGCGGUGCUGAAGGAGUUCGGGACCCACAUCCCUGCCGAUACGCAGGUCGUGGUGCAUGACUCCACAGCCGACUGCCGCUUCCUGGUUCUCCCAAACCGACCCAAAGGUACAGAGGCUUGGUCGGAGGAGAAGCUGCAGGAGAUCAUCACCCGCGACUCCAUGAUUGGUGCCCUGGAGCUCGGGAACCUCAUUGAAAAGUAUGAUUUGGACGGCGUGGAUUACAACUGGGAGUACCCAGGCUACCGAUUCGGGCAGGGAUACCUCUCUGACACAGAGGUCCAAGCAGACUAUCGAGGCUUAUCCAAGCUCGCGUUCGCAACGCGAGAGAUGUACGCGAAGCGCGGGUGGACCUCGAAGGUCAUUACAUUGGCCUACUAUCCCGAUGGUCGGCAAGAGCAGCUGCUGAAAGAGUACGGUUUGCCGGAGGUGGUGGACCUCCUGCACAUGAUGAGUUACGACCAAGGCGGCGGGCAUCACAGCUCAUUGGACUAUGGAAAGAAGAGUGCAGAUCAAGGGACGCAAAUUCUGCCAGCACGCCAGCUGACGAUGGGCGUGCCCUUUUACGGUCGCCACAGUCGCAGUGGCGAGUGGACUACAUACGAAGAUUUGGUCCAAAAGCAUUGGCCGCUGAAUCCCAACGUAGAUUCCGUGGAUGCGCCUGACCAAGGAACGAUCGGUUUCAACGGUGUUGACACUAUCCGGCACAAGACCGGCUACGCGCUGCAAGUGGAGUUGGGCGGCGUCAUGAUUUGGGAAGUUGGACAAGAUUGUCGGCUUGUCCCCGUGGUGCAUGGUUCAACCACCCAUGCUAGAACCUGCCCCGAGGACAGCGCCUCGCUUCUGCUGUCCAUCUCCAGCGCGCUUACGGCUGCCAAGCGCCAGCGGAUGCGAACCGCAGGUUGGAGUCCCUCGCAGCUGUCGUCGGACCGCGGGGACGAGCUGUGA